UACACUGCCUAAAGCAAUUAAAUAAAUUGAAUAUUUUGUAUGGCAACUAUUUAAUCUAUCUGUCAGUCAUUUCAGCACUACGAAAUUUUCGUCCUUCCUUUUCUCAAUCUUACAACCCAGCUCGGAACCAUGGCCGACUCGAAUUCAAACGAGAAUACUUGCGUAGUGUGUUUCAAGAACGUUUUAUACUAUUCGAUUGGCGAAUGUGACCAUCCCGUAUGUUUCGAGUGUUCUACCCGAAUGCGGGUACUCUGCCUGCAAAAUGAGUGCCCUAUCUGCCGGCAAGACCUUUCAAGGGUUGUAUUUACGGAUACAGUCCAACCUUAUAAGGAGCUUCGCAACAGGGUUUUCACCGACCGCCUGUUUGAGAGACAGUUCAAGAUCGGGUUCUGCAGCGAGGAGAUCAAGCAGGCUUACGAGGCACUCCUGGAGAACCGCUGCAAGAUCUGUGAUAAAAUACCACCAUUUCGUACAUUCACCAUGCUCAGUGACCACAUGAGGAAAGUCCAUGAAAGAUACUUCUGUGAUCUCUGUGUUAAGCAUUUAAGGAUAUUUACUAUGGAGAGAAAGUGCUAUACUCGCCAGGAAUUGGCGCAUCAUCGACGGAGAGGGGAUGUGGAUGAUACGUCACACAGGGGCCACCCUCUCUGCGAAUUCUGUGAGGAGCGUUUCAUGGACGCUGACGAGCUAUACCGGCACUUGCGCAAAGAGCAUCUUUACUGCCAUCUAUGUGACGCGGAUGGACGCAAUCUGUACUACGCGUCGCACUCGGCUCUCGCUCAUCACUUCCGCACCGACCACUAUCUGUGCGAGGAGGGGGAGUGUGCCGGACAACAUCUGACUGCUGUGUUUAGAAGCGAAAUUGAUCUUAAAGCGCACAAGGCGACGGUGCACGGGCGCGGCAUGGCUCGCGGGGCGGCGCGGCAGGCACGGACGCUGGAGCUGCAGUUCAACAUCACGCCGCACCCCGUCGUGCAGCGACAGCCCAGGGACAGGCGAGAAGAUAGAGAACGUCAAGAACCAGUGGUAACUCCAACGCCCCCUACGAUGUCGCAGGCUAACAUCGACACGGGCAGCGUGGAGCAGUUCCCGCGACUGUCCGCCGCGCCCGCCGCGCCGGGACUAGUGCUGUCGGCACCGCAUCGCGCUUAUAAAGGUGUAGACGGUUUGACUCGCAACGACAAGAACUUCCCGGCAUUGGACGGGUCCGCGGGACCGUCGCGAGCGCCGCAACCGGCCCCAAAGCCUACCACCGUCGCCGCUACUAUUGUUAGAAAUACAAAACCGAGCGUCUCAAUCCAGCUGCACAGCCAGCCGGCUAGCGCCAGCAACUUCCGACUCACCCAGACCAGUGGCCACCGCUCCGUGCCGCAGAAGAAGCCGCCGCCUAUCAGUAAUGAUGACGACUUCCCUUCGCUGGGGAUCGCGAGGGAUGACCACCCGAGUAUCGGGGCUGGGACUGUGCAGGCGCCCAAAGUAGCCCUUAUCAAUAGCCAAGAGAUGCAAGCUCUGAAAAGUAACCACGUCCAGAACCAUCACAAGAAGGCUCCGCUGAGCUCAGAGGCGUUCCCCGCGCUCUCCGCCACCGCCGCGCCCGUCGCGCCGCCGCAGUGGAUCACCGUCUCCAAGCCCAAGGACAAGCAGAAGCCCGUCCGCGCCGAGCCCCCGCCGCAGCCCCGGGAGCCCUCCUUCAACCCCGUCGCCGACUUCCCGACACUGCCCGUCAAUCUCACCAAGUCCAAGUCCAAGAAACAACAACCCCAGCCACAACCACAACCGCCGCCCACACAGAACACAAACGACAACACAAAACUCAGUAAAAAAGAAAAGAAAAAACAAAACAGUAAAAAAGAAAACUUGCUAGACACGUAUCACGUGAAUGGCACUAAUGACAAAAAGUUAUUGAGGGAGUCAUACGCUUCAGUCAACGCCACUAACAAUAAUCAAACUCUAGAGGACAAAAAGGUUAAGACUGUGGACACUACGGCGCCCGUCAACAACGAGAAAAACAGGAACGGUGGCAACGGAGACUUCAGUUUAGCCGCUAAAGACUACCCGCCGCUGAACUCGCGAAGUGACAACAGUUUGCCGACGAAGAAGAUGGUGAACGGCAGUGUGCCGCCGGGGUUCAAGGCUCGACCCUCGUGCGACGGCAUGACGUUCACGAACUCGGCGGGGCAGACGUUCUCCGCUCCGCUGCACACGUACAUCCCGCCGCCGAACUUCGAGCACAGGAACCGCGCGUUAGUGAAAAAGUUUUCUGUGGCCCUAGGCAGUGACGCGGCCGUGGAGGAUUUUAAAGUGGCGUCGCGAGCGUUUCGCGACGGCGGGAUCAGCGCGGAGCAGUUCGUGUCGCACUGCGGCGCGGCGCUGGGCGGCGCGUGGGAGGGCGUGUUCUGCGAGCUGGUGGCGCUGCUGCCCGACAUCGGCAAGCAGCAGGAGCUGGUGCGCGAGCGCGGCGCGGCGGGGCUGGCGGUGUGCGGCACGUGCGGACAGCUGCUCGCGCCCGCUGACGCCGCCGCGCACGACGCCGCGCACUGGCCGCCACUCGCGCCGCGCUAGGGACCGACCGUAGCCAAUAGUUUGUUUUCGGGUAAUGUUAUGCGACUAUACGUGAGUGUCCAUGUUGACAUACGGAUUUAUUGUACAGAGCCACAGAGUAAGUUGUUCAGUAGACAGCAUAGGUACUAAAGUUAUAUGGACCACCACUGCCAGAUAUGGGAACUUCAAUCAUGGGAAUUUUAUCCACAAUUGAAAGAAGUUUUAUAAUUUAAAAAUCCAACAUUACUGUGUUCGACAUUGUGUUCAUCAAGUAGUGUCGAAGCGCCAUUUGAAAUACCUUAUACUUAACUCUCGAAACUAUUAACGCUGUGAUGAACAGCUUACUCGGUGGCUGUAUACUAACGUUUUGUAUAUACAUAGUUAUUUAAUAGAUUAUUGUUCCUUGCAGUAGGACGGGACGCGGCGCUCUGUUGGCGCCGGGUCUGACCGCUAUUCGUUUCGCUAGCCCCCACAGUCCCGCUGUGCAUUAUAAUGUCAACAUAUUAAAUCCACUGUAGCGCAAUUACUACACGACUUGUGAUUUUGUAUAAUGUAAAUGUUAUGAUGUAAAAUAUAUUGUUUCAAAGUUUAUUAUAUUUUUGUACUUCUAAAGCAGAACGAUUUCUUUAGUUUUGUGUAAAAUAUUUUUGUUGAAUAUACUGUUAGUGGUUUUAUUAUAA